AUUAGAUUCUUACUCCUUUAUCAAUUUUAUAAAACGAUGAUUACAAGCGGACAACAUAUUUUAAAGCAAACAUGAGCUCAUAAUCCUUUACGCAAAAGGAUUUUCCAAGGAUUAUUAUUACAAAGAAAUUCUAUCAGAAAUUUCUCAAUUCUUGGGAAGCCUAGUGCUGUGAAUCAUGAAGCAUCUCUUGAUUGUGCUGAAGCAUUUCCAAUGCAUUCGAUUAUACCAGAAGAUCUUAUAAGAGACCUAGUUCAAAAGAAGAGAAUGUUAAAGCUUUCAGAGCAAGAUAUUAAACCAAAUGUUACUUUAGAUGGGGUCUUUCCUGAAAUAAUAUUCGAAGAGAAUGGCAAUACUCAAAAUGCAUAAAUAUUACCCUCUUUUUUCUCUUCAAAGUACAAGUCAAAGAAAUAAAAUUAUAAUUUCAAUUAAUAAAAAUAUCCUG